AUGUCGACAAAAGCAGCAUCGCCACUAUCAUCAAAUCCACCCCAGCCCAACAACCUCGCGGCCGAUCUCAAACCGCAAGGCAAUGAAGGCGCACCGAAGGUGAAGCCCUGCUGCGUAUGCAAAGACGAGAAGUCCGCACGAGACGAAUGCAUGCUCUUCUCCAACGCCUCGGACCCGCAGGACGCGUGUAAAGACCUAGUGGGCAAAUACAGGAGCUGCAUGGCGAGCUAUGGGUUCAACAUGGCAUAG